UUGAAACAAUGGACAACAGUCCCCUGCAGGUCCUUACCAUCCCUACAGCCCCCUACCCAGACCAGAGACCUGGCACCAAUGGUCUAAGGAAGAAGGUGUUCGUCUUCCAGUCCAGGAGGAACUACUUGCACAACUUCAUCCAGAGUAUCUUCUCCUCCAUCGACCUGCGAGACCGCCAGGGGUCAACUGUGGUGGUGGGGGGUGAUGGACGCUUCUUCAACCAAACAGCUAUUGAAGUCAUCGGGCAGAUGGCAGCUGCCAAUGGGGUUGGUCGUCUCAUCAUUGGACACCAUGGGAUAAUGUCCACACCUGCCAUCUCCUGUGUGAUCAGGAAAUACAAAGCCAUCGGAGGCAUCGUCCUCACUGCCAGCCACAACCCAGGAGGACCUGAUGGAGACUUUGGCAUCAAGUUUAAUACAGCAAAUGGAGGCCCUGCUAAUGAUGGAGUCACAAACAAGAUCUUUCAGAUCAGCAGGACGAUUGAGGAGUUUGCGAUUUGCCCUGGACUGAAAGUGGAUCUGACAACGCUGGGCAAACAGAUGUUUGAUCUUGAGAACAAGUUCAAACCCUUCACAGUUGAAAUUGUGGACUCGGUGGAAUCGUACGCCAACUUGUUGAGGAACAUAUUUGACUUUUCUGCUCUGAAGGAGCUUCUGUCUGGUCAAAACCACAUCAAGAUAAGACUGGAUGCCAUGCAUGGAGUGAUGGGACUCUAUGUGAGGAGAAUAAUAUGUGAGGAGCUUGGCUGUCCUGCUAACUCUGCAAUAAACUGUGUCCCAUUGGAGGACUUUGGGGGUCAAUACCCAGACCCUAACCUCACCUAUGCUGCAGAACUAAUGGACAGCAUGAGGGACGGGCAGUAUGACUUUGGGGCAGCGUUUGAUGGUGAUGGGGACCGUAACAUGAUCCUGGGUAAGCACGGCUUCUUUGUCACCCCACCUGACUCUGUGGCUGUGAUUGCUGACAACAUCUUCUGCAUCCCAUACUUCCAGCACACAGGGGUGAGAGGCUUCGCCCGCAGCAUGCCCACAAGUGCAGCCUUAGACAGAGUAGCAAAAGCAACAAAAAUAGAGUUAUAUGAAACUCCCACUGGGUGGAAGUUCUUUGGGAACCUGAUGGAUGCAGGCAGACUGUCUCUGUGUGGAGAGGAAAGCUUUGGUACAGGUGGAGAUCACAUCCGGGAGAAGGAUGGGCUUUGGGCCGUGCUGGCAUGGCUGUCCAUCCUGGCCUACAGAAGGCAGGGUGUGGAGGAUAUUCUUAAGGACCACUGGAUGAAAUAUGGAAGAAACUACUUUACUAGAUACGACUAUGAAAAUGUAGAUAUAGACGCAGCCUGUGAGAUGAUGGAGGAUUUGGAGAUUUUGAUCGCAGAUAAAUCCUUUGCACGGCAAAGAUUUGCUGUGGAAGACAAAAUCUACCAGGUGGAGAAAGCAGACAACUUCGAGUACACAGAUCCUGUGGACAGCACCAUCACCAGGAACCAGGGUCUGCGGAUAAUAUUCUCUGAUGGCUCUCGGAUCAUCUACAGACUCAGCGGGACGGGGAGUGAAGGGGCGACGGUUAGAGUCUACAUAGACAGCUAUGAGAAGGAGCACAUCUUUGAAGAGACACAGGUGAUGCUGGCACCACUGGCGACCAUCGCUCUGAAGAUUUCACAGCUCCAUCACAGGACAGGUCGCAGCGGGCCGUCAGUCAUCACAUGAUUCCUCCCUGUUGUUACUUGUUUUUGCUUAUGUAAUGCCCUUUUUGUUUGUAUUUUCAGAUUAGUCUUUUUUGGUGAAAAAGGAGCUUAAAUUCCGUGUUUAGCUG